CACCUGGACAGCGACCUCCGCGAAACAAGCAUCAGAUGGUGCUGCACACAGCGCUUCGCGCAUCGAUCUACGCUACAACAUGGCUUGAAAUACUGCGUUAAAGUGCUCCUCUGAAAUCUUUUUUUUUUUUGUUUAAAUAUCUUUCCGUUGCGUUGAAAUAUAUUAUCACUAUAGCACCUCCGAGAAGCGUUUGUUAGUGCGGCGUCUUCCUCACCUACAGGCUUUGCUCUGUGGAACUGCUCAUCCUGACAGUGCAGCGCUCACAGGCUGUGGCACGAGGAGGAAAAGUAUCUGUCUCGGCGCGCGCAUCUCAGCUCAAAUCUCAGCAGCGCAGUACGCGAAGAUGCAGCGACACGCCAGGACCGGGUUGAAGCUCUUGAUGUGGAUUUUUAGUCACCUCAGCAUCUCUCAGGCAGCUUCUUCAUCAUCCCAAAAAUGUGACGAAGCCCUGGUCAUGCCACUCCCCCAUAAUGCCUUCACUAGCUCCUCUGUGUUCACCAGUGGUUAUGCACCUGGAUACGCCAAGCUAAACAAGAGAGGAGGUGCUGGGGGCUGGUCUCCGCUGGACAGUGAUCAUUACCAGUGGCUGCAGAUCGAUCUGGGAAGCAGGAAACAGGUCACAGCCAUCGCAACACAGGGUCGAUAUAGCAGCUCUGAUUGGACAACAUGCUACCGGCUCCUAUACAGUGACACAAGCAGGAACUGGAAACCAUACCAUCAGGAUGGAAACAUCUGGGCAUUUGCAGGUAACUCCAAUACAGAGAGUGUGGUUCGGCAUGAUCUGCAAAACCCAGUUGUGGCUCGCUACCUUCGCCUCAUCCCUUUAGACUGGAGUGAAGAGGGCAGGAUUGGCCUCAGGUUCGAGAUCUAUGGGUGCCCUUAUUGGGCAGAUGUGAUUAAUUUUGAUGGGCAGGGGGUGAUCUCUUACCGCUUUAAAAUGAAGAAGAUGAAGAUUUUGAAGGACGUGAUAGCCCUGAAGUUUAAAACAUCAGAGAGUGAAGGGGUGAUUCUGCAUGGCGAGGGUCAACAGGGCGACUACAUCACCUUGGAGCUGAGAAGAGGCAGACUACUGCUGCAGAUAAACCUUGGCAGUAAUCAGUACGGCUCCAUCCUGGGCCAUACAUCUGUGAUCAGCGGCAGUCUGCUUGAUGAUCAUCAUUGGCAUUCUGUAGUUAUUGAGCGCUACAGGAGAAAUGUCAAUUUCACCCUUGAUCAGCAUACUCAGCACUUCCGCACCAACGGGGAGUUUGACCACCUUGACCUGGAUUAUGAGCUGACAUUCGGAGGAAUGCCUUAUUCUGGGAAGCCAAUCUCAGGAGGCAGAAGGAACUUCAAAGGCUGCAUGGAGAGCAUCAACUACAAUGGAGAGAACAUUACUGACCUGGCCAGAAGAAAGAAACUAGACACCUCUAGCUUUCGGAACGUGACAUUCUCCUGCAUGGACUUGCACACGUUUCCUGUCUUUUUCAAUGGCACCAGCUUCCUGCAGCUACCAGGCAGGAGGGACCAUAAUAUGGUGUCUGUGGGUUUCCAGUUUCGAUCGUGGAACCCCAGUGGUCUGCUCUUGUUCAGCUCCCUGGCAGAUGGAAUGCUGGAAGUGUCUCUAAACGAUGGAAAAGUCACAGUGCACAUCAAUGUCAGCCAGCAGAAAAACAUGCACGUAGACAUUGCAUCAGGUUCUGGCCUGAAUGAUGGAGAAUGGCAUGAUGUUCGUUUUCUGGCCAAAGAGAACUUUGCCAUGCUGACCAUUGAUGGCGAUGAAGCAUCGGCUGUUAGAACCAACUCACCUAUAUUGAUCACAACAGGAAGCACAUACCACUUUGGAGGUUAUUUUUUAAGAACCAGUGCAUCUCCAUCCCAGCGCUCAUUCCAGGGCUGCAUGCAGCUCAUUCAGGUGGACGAUCAGCUGGCCGACCUGGCUGCAGUGGAGCAGGGGAGGAUGGGAGCCUUCGAGAAUGUCAGCCUUGACAUGUGUGCCAUCAUUGACAGAUGUAUGCCAAACCACUGUGAACACGGAGGCAGAUGCAGUCAGACCUGGGACAGCUUUACAUGCACCUGUGAUGGGACGGGGUAUACUGGAGCCACGUGUCAUACAUCUGUUUAUGAGCAGUCCUGUGAAGCCUACAAGCACUUGGGAAGAUCUUCUGAUGUCUACUGGAUUGACCCAGAUGGAAGUGGACAAUUAGGUCCCUUCAAAGUCAUCUGCAACAUGACAGAAGACAAGGUGUGGACAACUGUGGUGAAUAACCUGCCAGCGCAAAUGGCAGUGACAGGCUCCAGCCGAGAGAGACGGACAGUACUGCAGCUGAACUAUAGUGCCUCUAUGGAGCAGGUCACAGCCAUAAUCAACAGUGCUGAACAUUGCGAACAGCACAUAGCCUAUGCCUGCCGAAUGUCACGCCUACUCAACACACCAGAUGGAACUCCUUACACGUGGUGGGUUGGCCGCGGUAACGAGAAACACUUUUACUGGGGCGGCUCUGGACCCGGCAUUCAGAAAUGUGCUUGCGGCAUUGAGCGCAACUGCACUGACUCCAAAUACUACUGCAACUGUGACGCUGACCAGAAGCAGUGGCGGGACGAUUCUGGGCUUCUAGUGUAUAAAGACCACUUACCGGUCAACCAAGUGGCUGUUGGGGACACAAAUCGACCCAGCUCGGAGGCCAAGCUGACUGUGGGACCUCUCCGUUGCCAUGGCGAUAGAAGCUACUGGAAUGCAGCGUCCUUCAAUACACCCUCCUCAUAUCUGCACUUCUCCACGUUUCAAGGAGAAACAAGUGCUGACAUCUCCUUUUACUUCAAGACCUCCGCUCCCUACGGCGUCUUCCUAGAAAACCUUGGGAACACAGAUUUCAUCCGUUUAGAGCUGAAAUCCCCCAUGGUGGUGUCGUUCUCAUUUGACGUGGGUAAUGGGCCUGUGGAACUGAACGUGCACUCUCCUACCCCACUAAACGAUGACCAGUGGCACCUGGUCAGUGCAGAGAGGAACACAAAAGAGGCCAUUCUGCAGCUAGACCAGAAGUACAAGGAGGUCAGACCUGCACCUACGCAGGGACACACACGCCUGGAGCUCUACAGCCAACUAUAUGUGGGUGCAGCUGGAGGUCAGAGAGGGUUUCUAGGAUGCAUCAGAUCACUGAAGAUGAAUGGGGUGACACUUGAUUUGGAAGAGAGGGCGAAAAUUACUCCUGGCGUGAAGCCCGGUUGUUCGGGUCACUGCACCAGUUUUGGGAUAUAUUGCCGCAAUGGGGGCAAGUGUGUGGAGAAAUACAACGGCUAUUCUUGUGACUGCACCACCACAGCUUAUGAUGGGCCUUUCUGUUCUAAAGAUGUUGGAGGGUUCUUUGAGGCUGGCACACUGGUGAGGUAUAACCUCAUACCAGAAGUGAUGGCUGCAGCCUCCAGCCUGGAUGAAAAAAGCAUAAUCCCAAGCCUUCCAAUAGAGACCAACCUGACACGGGAAGAUCUGACCUUCAGUUUCAGUACUUCUACUUCUCCUAGUAUUUUGGUCUACAUCAGCUCAAAGACCCAGGACUACAUGGCUGUGGUCCUCCGUCACAAUGGUACCCUGCAGCUGUGGUACAGCUUGGGUGGUCUCAAAGAACCCUUCACCAUUGAUAUUGACCCUAGGAAACUUGCCAAUGGGCAGCCCCACACCGUCAACAUCUCCAGAAUAGAGAGAGAUAUAGAGAUACAGUUGGAUCAUUAUCCUCCAGUCAGCUACACCCUGCCUGAAGCAUCAGACACACAUUUCAAUCUGGUCAAGUCACUCUUCUUGGGGAAAGUGUUUGAAACCGGUCACAUCGACCCAGUACUUAUAGAGAAGUACAACCCCGGGUUUGUGGGCUGUUUGUCGAGAGUCCAGUUCAACAACAUCGCUCCUCUGAAAGCCGCAUUCAGGUCCCGUGGCUCUGUAACUGUCUCACACCAGGGUAAACUGGUGGAAUCCAACUGCGGCGCAUCACCCCUCACAAUCCCACCCAUGUCUGCUGCAACUGACCCAUGGCACCUAGAUGCAGGUGCUGAUUUCCCCUUCAACGAGGAAAGAGUCAUACCAGAUGGAGUUAAUAGGAACUCAGCUAUAAUAGGAGGCAUCAUCGCAGUGGUGAUCUUCACUAUUCUGUGCACUCUGGUGUUUCUGAUCCGGUACAUGUUCCGCCAUAAAGGCACCUACCAUACCAACGAGACCAAGGGGGGUGAAUCAGCUGAAUCGGCUGAUACAGUCAUUAUCGGCACUGACACCAAUUUCACAGAGACCAUCGAUGAAAGCAAGAAGGAAUGGUUUAUCUAAUGCACCAACUCGGACCAGAGCAGAGGGGUGGGGGUGUAUAAACUCUUUCAGAUUCUUUUUUUAGUUAUCAGAACUAAUGUUUUGGGAUCAAACUCAUCACCAGUUUGAGAAACUGUUCUGUACAUAGUAACUGGCUUGUCUCUUUCUAUUGUGUUUUGGCAAAAGUCUUUACAAUUGUGUUAUCUACGGAUCACAUGUUAAUACACAAUUUCAUCAUUCGUUCUUUUGUAAAGAAACAUAAUUAUUGGCUAAAAUCCUUACAUUUAUGGAAAGUUUAAUUUAACACUAUAUUAUCUUUUCUUUCUUGUGUUCUUUUGAUUAAUCUUACAUGCAGUCAUUGUGUGGAAAAGAUUGACAGUAAAUGCUAAAUGUUCUAUAUAAAUAUUUUUAUUGCAGAAUUUACAUUAGAUUGUAUAUCAUUUGUAUUUCAGUGAAGGGAGAAUAUUGAGGCAUGCACCAAUAAUUUGUCAAAUCAAUGCUGUCUAUUUAUUUCAUUCUGCACAGCUAUGCUGAAUUAUUUCUUGUGAAAGCCUUCGGUUUAUUGUUACUUGCCAAACACCUCAGUCUUAAGCAUUUGUUUUGCUGACUGCUUAUAUCAUGGCAUAAAGAUGUAAUGUUGAGAGAUAAUUUUUUGUCUGGUUGAUUCAUUUAAACAGGCUGUGGUCAAAGCACUGGCAUUGUGAUAUCUGGCAGAUUAAUACCCAUGUCUGUCAUGGCAAGUGAAGAGGGCGGGACUACUGACACCCAAUUAAAAGACUUAAUUCAAGGUGCCUUUAGUAUUCAACCAGUUGGCAGUAACUUUAUCCUGUUAUAUAGAUAAAGGAGAAAUCCCAACAUACUAAAUGGCUAUUGUUUAUUUGGUUUACUUGUCUGAGCAGAAAGUAGACUCAAAGUUCAUGAGUUUUUGAAACCGCAGCGUUAUUAUAAUGUCCUUACUGGAAAAUAUUACAAUAUUUAAAUAAUUUAUUCCAAGUGUUUACUUGUUUUUUUACUUGUUUUUACAUUAAAUUUGUCAUCAAAAUAAUUUUCAUUGUGUUUUUGUAUAGUAUUAUUUAAACUUUUUAAAAUAAAUUGUCUAAUAAAUGUUAACUUACAUAGAUUACCCAUUUUCUCAGACACUGGUUUACUGAUCAAUUUUAGCUAACUCACAUUUAAAUGUGAUAAGUUUAAUGUGAUAAAUAUCUAAGUUUAAUAUCUCAACUUUCUCUGUAAGUAUUGGAGUAAUUCUGAGUGAUUUUGUCUCUGACACAGAACAGUUCAUUAUAAUUCUCUCAUAGAGAUGUCAAGCAACACAAGCUUUGAAUAUUGUCUCGCACCCAUCAGCACUUAUACUUAUUUGCAACAGGGGGAUUUGCAUCUUCUUACUGUCCAGUUGCAGUUUUAUUCUUUGGAAUUAAGGUUUUAUGAGUAAUGAUAUAAGAUUGGAAGGGUCUCUAGUGUUCGUGAUCACAUCACAAAACUUUUUGGGAGAUAAUGAGGAAUUGCCGAUUCAUGAGAAUGUAAAAGAGUCUUGAUGUUUUAAUAGUUGGACCUUAAACACUUUUUAUAUUCUAAUAACAAAUUCUACAUCCCUCACUUACAUCAGCAAUUUAAACUUAAUUUAAACUGGUUUGUAUAAUUGUAAGUUUACAGUAACAUUCACAAUAAAUUACAAAAUAUGAAUAUAUUUUUAUGAUGAUAUUUUGUAGAUGACCUAGCCUUUCAUUGUUUCUCAUCUAUGUGUAUUAGGGGAGGCCUGAAUUUUUCUUAAAAUUCUAAGGAUGUGUAAAAAAGAAAGUUGUACUUGAAUGUUCCUUGUAGUGGAGACAGAGAAAUCGUUGAUAAUUGUCAUAAUAAUGCCCCUUUUCGUAACUUUUUCAGUAUUAUUCUUUCAAAUGUUGAGUUUGUUUUUUGGAGACGAAGUAAUGUUUUCUUUGCUUACUUUUCAUGGCUAGAAGUGUGUUUAAUUAAUGUUAUUUAUUUGUUCAUUUUUUUUUUAUUUAUUUUUUUUUUUAAACAGAUCAGCCCUGCUGCCUCUUUCUCAUUUGGCACAUGUAUAGGCCUUUUAUUAAAUGUAAAUAUAGGCAUUUUUUAUCACAACAAUUCAAGGCAGUUUUGACAUUUUUCUUAUUUAAAGUAAAUAUUAGAGUGAAAGUGUAAACAAUAUAACACAUUUACUCAUCAGUAUCUCAUAAUAUAAUUGCAUUCUACUUGUGUAUUAAACUUAUUGUUUCAAUGGCAGCAUGACCACUGUAUGUUGAACUGUAAAUAUUGUACUUUAAACUAUUGUACAAUAUCACAAUUAUAUUUAAUUCUGGGAACAUAUUUUUUACCUUUUGUUAUGAUGUCGACAAGUCAGGAAUGAAUAGUACAAUACCUUUUAUAUUUAGAACAACUCAAUUCUCUACUGGCUGUUUAACGUAUGAUAUUUGUACUGACCUCUUUUCAUCCAUCUCAUUAUUGUGUGAGGCCUGAUUGGAAAACAAGAGAAUUCCUCAUUGAUGUGGCUAUUCUUAUGGGAAGGUAAUAAAA